AUACUCAUUACUGGUCCUGUUUUAAACUUUAUUAAACAAACCCACAGAAAAGAAUGUAAAGAAUGUCUAUAUUUAGUUAUUACGCACGUAAGAAGAAUAAUAGGCAUUCAAACGUGUAGCUGUCAUUAGGUUUAUUCAUAUAUUUUGUGAGUUAUAUACUUAUCCAGCAUCAUGGAUCAGAUGCAACUAGAACUUUUGAAAGAAUUUGUUAAAAAUUUAAAGAGGGACCCAGAUACGAUACACUUGCCAGAGUUGAUCUUUUUCAAGGAAUGGCUAGUUAGUUUAGGGGCAAAUUUACCUCUUCCAAGUAAACCAGAGCCCCCAAAAGGGGAGACAAAACCAGAACCUACAAAGGAACCUGAGAAAAAUAUGGAUGAAGAAAAAGAAAAUGCUAUGCGGUGCAAUUGUAAUGAUAUUAAUGUUGAUGGUGUAAAAGAUGAAGAAAGCCGCAGUUUUAAGGAAAAUUGUACAGAGGGUGAAAAAACUAAUGAAGCAGUCAUUGAUGAAGAAGAGAAUCUCAAGCUAUUAAUUACGGACCUCCCAAUGGAAGUAAUUGUUCAUAUAUAUGAGUUUCUUCCACUUGUAUCCCGAUAUAAUGCAUCAAUGGCCUGCCAUGUUUUGUAUGAAGCCUUCAACCAUCCAAAACUUUGGCAUGCACAAAGAUUAAUGAUAAAUGGAGAUGUGCUUAAUUACGGAUCAAAAUAUUUUGGAAAUUGUACCAGAACUGUACCAAACAAAGUCAAGCAUCUGGUAAAAAAGUUUGGUAAAUAUUUUCAGUUACUGACGAUUCAGGUAUUUGGCCAUUUAGGGAAAUUACAAGAAUGGUCUUCAGUUUUACUAGAGCUUAGUCAACAAUGCAGACUUGAAAAGCUCACUUUGGUGGUUGGCAAGAUGACAACAGAAUCAGAUCUUUUAGGAAAUCCCCCUAAAAAAAAGGACAUGGAUAUUCUAUUAUCAUUUAUCCAGAAUGCUUUUCGAAUUAAACAUCUAGAUAUCAAAAGUUGGCCACUCUUUCCAGAAACAAUGUUUCUGGCUGAUCAAAACAUAUUCAAAGCCUUGAUGAAGAACACUAAACUGAAAGAACUAGAACAACUUGAUCUGUUCUGGCCGUAUACCAAUCUGAUGUGGUCAGAGCGUCAACCUAUUCUACCAGACAGCAAUAUGGUCCUAGAACUUAUACAAUACCUUGGAAACCUGAAGAAAUUAGGACUGAGGUCAACAAUGUUGUCUGAUGCUCUGCUUGAAGCAUUGGCAUCUUCAAGAAGAUCUAGCAGGAUUAGUUUAAUAAGAAUAUUUGUCACAUAUGCCAAGGGAAAACCAGAAUAUCAGAUUCCAACCAUUAAGUCAUUGUCAUGGAAACGCCUUACAGACAUCAAUCCAGAUUUCCAUGUUGAAUGUCAUGUAAUGCCACGAUUACCAUCAAUAGAGUUGGGCAACAUGCUGACUCUGGACUGUCCACUCUCAAAGAUAACAUUUCUUCAAUGGUCAAGAAUUGACGAUCAACUUAUGGAGUCAAUUGUGAACAAGUUCAAUCAAACCCUGAAAACAUUUGAAGUCUACUGUGAUUUUAAAGACUAUGAUGAGACAUUGAUCAAGAUGGUGGCAGAAUGUAAAUAUUUAGAAAAUUUAGUCAUAAGAUCCUGCUCAACACAUUGCGUAAAUGUUGAAACUAUCAAAAAAUUAGCUUUCUGGCGAGGUACAAGAUGGGUAACUUUUCAAUUCGAUGAGAAAAAUAUUUCUUUCAUCGCCAAACCUCAAAACAUUGAAGAAGACACAGUUGUUGCUAAAAAUGAAAAUGGCGAAUAUUUUUUGGUAGGAAUGCAUCAGUUCCACGCUGAACCAGAGGGGAAAGAAAGAAGAAUGAAAUGCCAGGAGUUGAAAGAAAGCCUAGCAGUGAUACUUGGUCAGAAGUUUAUAAGUAGAAACAAAGCUAUUAUUAUAGACAGAAAUUCAACAGUGUAGCAAACUUGAAAAUCAAAAAAUGUAGUUUAAGAAUACUCAUUUGUUACUAAGUAAGAGGAUGUGGAUGGGGUUUACAGAAUAGAAUAUGUGGCUUAAAGCCACUUAUUAAACUUUACAGAAAAUAGAGAAUAAUAUAUGCGAAAAAUAAAGUUUAGAGAAUAAUAGACUGCUACAUUAUCCUACUUUUUAAUGCUUAGGUAUAAAUUUGAUGAAGAAAAGAUAAUAAUUGCAAAAGUUGUUAAGAUAACAGAGAAAAAAGGACUUGAUAAAUUAGAGAUUACAGCAUUAAUGGACCCCCCCCCCCCCUAUUCAGACCCUCAUGCAUAAUGGGGUUGUUGUUCUACAAAUAUAUCAUGCAUAUUGAAUUUGCAAGUCAUCAUUUGAUUGGCCUCUGUGAGGUUCUAGUCCCUUUAUCUUUAAAUUUCACAUUUUUUGUAAACAGCUCAAACCGUAACCUCUCAGUUACCUGACCAAAAUGAUCCAUAUUGUAAUAUAUAAGUAUUUACAUGAAGUAUUAGGUUUUCGGUCUUUGUCCCUACCAAUCAAACAAUGUACAUGUAUCAUCAUAUGACAUAAUUACUAUCAAGCCUAAAUUUUUGUUUAGAAAAUUACAAAUAAUUGUCUAAUACCUUUAAAAAACUCUUAUGAUACAAGUUACAAGAUGGUGGAGAAAUUCUGACAGUUCCAAAUGCUGAAUGUGCUAAAUUGAUCCAUCCCAUUUCUGCCAUUUAUAUAUUUAAAAAAGUCUUUUUUGAAUAAUUGCUCUAUAGAUAUAGAAAGAUGUGGUGUGAGUGGCAAUGAGAUAACUCUCCAUUUAAAUAACAAUUUAAAAAAAAGUAAACCCUUAUAGGUCAAUGUAUGGCCUUCAACACUGAGCCUGUGCUUACACCAAACAACAAGCUAUAAAGGGCCCCACAAUUUCUAGUGUAAUUUAAACCAUUCAAACAGGAAAACCAGGGUCUAAUCUAAAAAUUAAACAAAUGUCAAUAUUUGGUCAAACUAAGCUGUACAUGUAUUGCCUUUUAUCUUGUCUGAAACGGGUAUAUUUAACAUGUAGGAAUGAAACCAAUGGCAAUGCUUUCCAAUAUAAAAAUUGAAAAAUGAUUUUUUUGCAUGGAUAUAUAAACAAUUUGUGCUUUGGAAAAAGUCUGAUAUACAAUGACUAUUAGCACUUGCUGAGCGAAUCUCAGGACAAUUCUUUUUGGACACUUUUUAACAAAAAUAAUUUUAUAUGUCAUGAUAAACAUUUUAUUUUCAACUUGUUGGCAAGGAACAAGUUAGGAAUAGCCAUGGUGCAUACAUCCUUUUUCAAACCACCACCGUCCCCAUAGACCCAGUGAUCAAGUUUUAAUAAGAAAGUUUGUUCCCUCUAUUUUGUGGAAUACAACUUAUAUCCUGUGGAUUUCUACAAAGUUCACCUAAUUUAUUUUAAUUCAUCAUGUAAUAUUAUUAUAAGUUUAAAAAUCAGAAAUUAAUGACCGAAUUGUCCUCAA